GAUGCGGAUCUGGCCGAUGAAGAAUGUCAAAUUGCAAGCAGACACGACGCUAAGACCCUUUGUGCAUGGACUAGGCAGGGGCUGCCAUUUCCUAUUGGUGCGAAUUUGGGCGGUGAAAAGUCUGGGGCAGGCAAGGGCAAGGCCACCAAAUUUGGAAACCGAGUUUUUCUUGUUUUGGGAAUUGAUGGUCGCCCGACUCGAGAGGGUUUGAGACAGCUUGAGCUGAAGCUGACGGCUCAACGGUGCUGCAGAAUAUCCGGGGAAGAACUGAAAAAAUGGAUAUGUAGAGGUACACAGUAGUAUAUACUUGUGUAAAGUGCAAGAAGAAUUGGAGCUUGAAGAGGAAAACGAAAGAAGUGGAAAGGAAUGCUUCUAUGGAAGAAAGUGGAAGGUACAAAGACCCAGCAAGAACCGCUCACCGCGCCAUGGCUCGUUUGCUGGCAAUCCUCCAGGAAAAAAAAAAAGCCAAACCGACUUUCAAAAAGGCCGAUCUGCAGAACCCCUAUCAGAUUAGGCGCAAAGAGGAUGAGCAGGAACCCAAGGAAAAGUCUGGCCACCCCAUUGGUUCCCCGCCAGUUGUCAACCCUUCACCUCUGCUUUCAUUCCUCAAUCCUCACCGCAGUGUCAAGUCCCUCCGUCUACACCACUACCGGUGAACCACCCAUCAGACCAACAGACCCAAAAUCACAAGCAUUUCGUUUCCCCCUUCGUCUCCUAUUGGUGUCUUCGUCUCCCUUUUUUUGUUUUCGCCAUUGGUCGCCUCCCCAGUCGAACUUCAAACCGCUCACCCCUCUCCUCGUUCCAGCCCGUCCUCUCCCGAAUCUGGAUCCUCCUGCCCGAACCCGCUCGUUUCGCUUUCGCUGGUGACGGUUGGUCAGUGUCAAAGAUAAACCGCGCUAAGCAUUUUCGCCUUGUGGAUACCGUCUCCCAAACUGUCCCUGGGCCUGGGGGGGGCCCCUGAGGAGCCACCUAUGUUACCCCCCCCCCCCCCCCCC